AUGUCUGUCCUGGUGCACCUGCUGGCCUGUGGCUUCGGCCUGGGUUCGUGGGUGGCCGUGAAUGGUCUUUGGGUGGAGCUGCCGCUCAUUGUGAACACUCUGCCGGAGGGCUGGGACCUACCCUCUUACCUCACUGUCAUUAUUCAGCUGGCAAAUCUGGGCCCAAUGCUGGUUACGCUCAUGUACAAACUGUGUCCUGGCCGGCAGAAGGAGCGUGUGGUCAUUUACUCCAUCCUCUGUGUGGGCGUGGUCUCCUGCCUGUUGCUCGCACUCUUUUGGGACAGGACCAGCCUCAUUGGGGGGGCGCCUCGCAGCACUGCCUUCUUUAUCAUCACCUUCUUCUUGGCUCUAGUGGACUGCACAUCCUCAGUCACCUUUUUGCCUUUCAUGAUGCAGCUUCCAGCUAAAUACAUCACUACAUACUUCAUUGGGGAGGGUCUCAGUGGUUUCAUUCCUGGUGUAAUUGCACUGGCUCAAGGUGUGGGAAUAGCCAAAUGUGUAAACUCCACUCAAACUACAGGAAACUACUCGAACACUGAGGAUAUGUGGUUUUUUCAAACACAGUAUCUACCCCCACAUUUCUCCACGGAGGUGUUUUUCAUUUUAUUAGCUCUCAUGAUGUGCAUCAGCAUGGCUGCAUUUGUUGCCCUCAAUAAACUCCCUCGGACAUUCGAGAUGUCUACAGAAAACCUGGUGCCAGGAACUUCAGUGUCCUCAGUCUGUUCAGGUCUGGAUAACCCUGGGGAAGAUAUGCAACGGGAAGGUAGUCAUAGCGAUGGGACUGAGGGUCUCUCUCAGGCCCACCCUAAAAAGUCCAUGACUCAGCUCUGGUUUAUUUACUGUAUGGUGGUUUGGGUGAACGGUGCCACCAAUGGUGUGCUGCCCUCAGUACAGACCUACUCCUGUAUGCCGUAUGGUAACCUGGCCUACCACCUGUCCGCUGCACUCUCCUCUGUGGCUAAUCCUCUGGCCUGCACUGUGGCUAUGUUUGUCCAAAACAGAUCUCCGAUGUUUCUUGGAGCGCUGACUUUACUGGGAACUGGAUUUGGGAGCUACAACAUGGUCAUGGCUGCUAUGAGUCCAUGCCCUCUGUUUCAGGGCACCAUGUUGGGAGAAGUCCUCAUAGUGCUGUCAUGGCUGUGCUUCACUGGGACUCUGUCUUAUGUCAAAGUGAUGGUGGGGGUGAUCCUCAGGGACCACAGCCACAGUGCCCUGGUCUGGUGUGGGCUGGCUACUCAGAUGGGCUCUCUGCUGGGCUCAGUCACCAUGUUUCCUCUGGUGAAUGUCUUGAGGCUUUUCCACAUCACAGACCACGCAGACUGUGGGACCCCCUCUGAAGGGCUCCUGCUCUGGACCUGGGACAUGUACCAAACAACAUUAGCUAUCCCCGUGCCCCCGCCCUCAGCCCCUCACAGUGAAAUGAGCAGCAGUGUCUCCCUCUCCCAUCGGGACGAGCUCAUUCACAGCAGUGUGGAGCACAGCUGCUGA